AUGGGUCGCCCUGUUUCCUUGCUGGUAUGGGCUGUAGCUCUUUUAUUUGCUUCAACAGCCUCAGCUGCAGUAGUGGAACAAACAUUCUAUGUUCAAAACUUGACUGUUACUCGAUUGUGCAAUCGUCAGGUGAUUACUGCAGUCAAUGGCAGCCUCCCUGGCCCUGCAAUCCGUGUCCGAGAGGGUGACACACUGAUUGUUCAUGUCCUCAAUAAGUCACCUUACGACUUGACUGUUCACUGGCAUGGAGUGUUUCAAAAACUGAGCUGCUGGGCAGAUGGGCCUAACAUGAUCACCCAAUGUCCCAUACGCCCUGGAAACAAAUACACAUACAAGUUCAGAAUCACCGGUCAAGAAGGAACAUUCUGGUGGCAUGCUCAUGUCUCGUGGCUACGAGCCACUGUCUAUGGCGCACUGGUUGUUCGUCCCAGGUCAGGCCGCUCGUAUCCAUUUCCCAAGCCACACAGGGAAGUUCCCAUCUUGUUAGGUGAGUGGUGGAAUGCUAAUGUCAUUGAUGUUGAGCAGCAGGCAGUUGCUACUGGGGGUGCUCCUAACCUUUCCGAUGCUUACACCAUUAAUGGAUGGCCGGGCGAUCUCUAUCCAUGCUCUCAAAACCAUAUGUACAAGCUCCAGGUGGAGACAGGGAAGACCUAUCUCUUACGCAUCGUCAACGCGGCACUCAACAACCAGCUCUUCUACAAGAUAGCCAAACACAAACUGAGAGUUGUCGCUGUCGAUGCCGCCUACACCAAACCCUACGUCACGGACGUCGUCGUUAUAGCCCCUGGCCAGACGGUGGACGUUUUGCUGGCCGCGGAUCAGCGUGUUGGGUCAUUUUUCAUGGCAGCUACACCAUAUGCUAGCGCAGAUGGUGUACCGUUUGAUGAUACCACCACGAGGGGAGUCGUCACGUAUGAUGGUACACCGUCGUCCGCAACGCCGGUAAUGCCGGACCUUCCGGCGUUCAAUGACACCCCCACGGCGCACAAGUUUUUCAGUAAUUUAACAGGGUUGAAGGGUGGGCCUAACUGGGUCGAGGUCCCACGAAAGGUGGACCACAAAAUGUUUGUGACGAUCGGAUUGGGGCUCGAAGCCUGUCCAGCAAACACGACAUGUGUGGGUCCAAAUGGAGUAAGGCCCUCUGCCAGUAUGAACAACCAAUCCUUCGCGCUACCCACGACCGUGUCUAUACUGCAAGCCCUGUUUUCCAACGUGGGCGGGGUUUACACCACGGAUUUCCCCGCCAAGCCCCCAAUUCAAUUUGACUACACCAACGCUACCAGCGUCGGCAACAACCCAGGGCUGUUCUUUGCUCCAAAGGCAACCAAGGUGACGACGCUGAAGUUCAACUCAACGGUGGAGAUGAUUUUGCAGAAUACAGCUAUCCUUGGAGUGGAGAAUCAUCCCAUGCACAUCCAUGGCUUCAACUUUCACGUACUGGCGCAAGGAUUCGGGAACUACAACCCUGCCACGGAUAGGAAGAAGUUCAACCUCGUCGACCCACAAAUGCGUAACACCAUUGGCGUUCCGGUUGGAGGAUGGGCUGUCAUCAGAUUCACAGCCAAUAAUCCAGGUGUCUGGGUCAUGCACUGUCACUUGGACGUGCAUUUGGGUUGGGGCCUGGCCACUGCUUUCGUGGUUGAAAACGGGCCAACUCCGGCGACAACUUUACCCCCACCUCCGGCGGACCUACCAAAAUGCUAGAAGUUUUCAGUUGCAGAAAAAACAUGGCUGAAAGUUUCUCAAAAUUAAUACCGACCCACAAUUGUUUUGUGUUCGUAAAUGAAUUUGGAUCUGCUUCCAUGGUUCCAUUCCAACAGAAUUCUACAUCCAAUAAAGGAUAUUCAUUACACAGUAGCCUGUUCUGGCCAAAACCAAAUUGUACUUAGCUCAAAUACCUCCAUGGGUAUGGUACAAAAUUAUUCCCAUGCUUGUUUCUUUAAUUUCCUUUUCCUCUUUC